AUGGCUUCACAACACGAAAAUGGGUUGAAUGUUUACCCGAUUCCUAUUGGGGUGGAGACAACAAUGGCUUCACAACAAGAAAACGGGUUGAGUGUUUGCCGGAUUCCUAUUGGGGUCGAGACAACAGUGGCUUCGCAACACGAAAACAGGUCUACGGACCCGAGUCCAAUUGGGAUGGAGACCCAGGAAGCAGAGACAGAAAAGUUUUCGACUUUGGGUUGUGCUGUACCUAUUGAGGAAGCUGUCGAGAAGAUCAAUUUGUUGGGUUCCCCUCUUUCAAUUGAGGAGAACAGUGAUAAGGAUGAUAGCGGAAGUGAUAGUGAUACUAAAAGUGGAAGUGAAAAUUCAGGGUCUGAGAGAUCUGAUUCUGGUAGUGGAAGCAGUAGUAGUAGCGGCUGUAGCAGUAGCGAUAACGAAGAGGAAGAAGAGGAAGGUGAUGAUGAUGACGACAAGGGAGAAGUUGAAGAAGGCGAGAUAAGUAGUUCUGAUGAAGAAAAGAUGGUUAGUUGGAGCAUGGUUGAUGAUGAUGUUGAUCAUGAUGAUGAAGAUGGUGAUGCAGGAGUUGGACCCAUCAGGUCAAAGAACGAGCUUCAGAAUCUGCCUGUUGUUCCUCCUGUCAAUGCGGCUUUAGAACCACACCAUGAAAUGUUGCCAGUUGGAAUUGUUACUUCGAUUCUUGGUGCUCAAGUCAUUGUGGAAGGAGUGAAGAAGCAUGACCCUCUUAAUGAGGGUUCUAUUCUUUGGUUGACUGAAAGCCGAAAACCACUAGGUUUAAUUGAUGAAAUCUUUGGACCAGUCAAGAACCCUUAUUAUAUUGUGAGAUACAAUUCUGACAGUGAAGUUCCUGCAGGGAUCAAUGGGGGAACCUUGAUCUCGUUUGUUCCAGAAUUUGCUGAUCAUGUGCUUAAUAACCAGGAUCUUUAUAAGAAAGGGUACGAUGCAUCUGGUGCGAAUGAUGAAGAGGUGUCUGAUGAAAUGGAGUUUUCAGAUGAUGAGAAAGAGGCUGAAUACAAGAGAAUGCAAAGAACGACAAAAAGAGGUGUAAAUGAUCAAAACCAUGGCAAGAAGAAAAACAACAGAAAGAAAUUUUCACCUAAAGAGCAUCAUGCGGCACCUACCAUCCCUGCUGCUCCUGCUGCACCAUUGCUUACUCAUGGAAAUUGUCCUCCUUUUCCAGGCACUGGACAAGCACUUUUGGGGGGAACUGCCACAGUUCAAUCAUUUCUCCCCUUAAAUUCAGCGCCUAACUUUGCUACAAAUGGAAUUUGGACAAACGGAACAUUUCCACAGCAGCCUCAGACUGGGUUGCUUCCUAAUGGUUUUCCUACAAAUGGCAUAUCAUGGUACCCACAAAACACUCAAAUUCGUCCUCAGCUGCCAAUGCCAGGAAUCCCAUUUCAACAGCAAUUACAUGCCAAUCAGGGUUCUCUUUCCACAAAUAUGCUAACUGGGAUGCAGCCCAAUAUGUUUGCUCAAUACAUAUAUGCUACAGGGCUUGUUGGUCAAAACCAAAUGCCAUAUGGGAUGGGGUCACCCUUCCCUCAGAUUCAGCCACCUGCACAACAGGGAUUUCCAUCCCCUGGAUUUCAUUCAGAAAGAAGCCUUAAUUUGCAUUCUAAUACCACUUCUGGCACCCCCCCUCAAUUUCAUCCACGCCCAUCUGGUAAUCGUGGUAGAAAAACAUUUCGUGGUGCAGGUAGGAAAAGGUGGCGACCAGCCAGGUGA